AUGACUUUAAAUGAAGAACACUAUGCAACAGCUAAAAGAAUGAUCUCUGCGUCUUCUACGAAAACUUUCAACAAAGCACGUUCCACUCAGAUUGCCAAAUUCACAAAAUUGACGUCCUUUGGUCGGACGCAUCGCAGACAAGAAGAUUUGGCCAGUCAUCCACUACAACGCACCGUUAUCAAUAUGAGUGCGAGAAGACUUACGCCGGUUGAAGAAUAUGUCUUGGCUCUUGGAUUAAAUUUCGCUGUGGUACCCCGUGUUCUACCUAAAGAAGAAUUUGUACAACGUUUGGAACCGAAGUUAUACCACAUGACGAACGAUGCAGCUAGUAACAUCCGCGUCCAAAUCACUGAGGUUCUACGACGUGCAACGCUUCCAGCUUCGAAUUUAACCAAGAAUAAGAAGGAUGCAUUGAGAAACUUAAGAGCAGAUAAGUCAAUACAUAUUUUAAAGGCUGAUAAGGGUAACGCUACGGUUAUUUUAGAUCGUCUAGAAUAUGAUAAUAAAAUCUUGGCUCUUUUAAACACUUCAACUUAUAAAGAGCUUAAAAGAGACCCUACAGCUAACAUUGAACGUAAAAUAUGUUCCAAACUAUCUGGUUUUAAAAAGGCAGGUAUUUUGUCUCAAACACUUCAUAAUUGUUUGAGACCUUCAGCUACUGUUUGUCCAAAAUUUUAUGGUUUGCCUAAGAUACAUAAACCUAAUGUCCCACUAAGACCUAUUGUAGCGUCCAUAGGUUCGCCAACGUAUGCUCUGGCUAAAUAUCUCGCUGAGAUAUUGAAACCAGUUGUUGGAAAAACAGAACAUCAUGUAGUAAAUUCUAAAGAAUUUGUAACAAAAAUGGAACAAAUUAGAUUGGGUAAGAAUGACAUUCUGGUAAGUUUUGACGUAUAGUUAGCUUGUUCACUAAUGUUCCAGUUGAAGAGGCUUGUAAUAUCGCGAAAGAAAGACUUCUUUCAGAUAUUACUUUAUCUCAAAGAACUAAUCUUUCUCCUGAGAAUGUUCAUGAUUUGUUGAAACUAUGUUCGACCACGACAUGUUUUCAAUGGCGGGAGAAAUUCUAUGAACAAACAAACGGCGCUCCAAUGGGAAGUCCAUUGUCGCCUGUUAUGGCUAAUUUGUUCAUGGAGGAAUUUGAAAAGAAGGCCUUAGCUACUGCAAAGUUGAAACCUGGUUCCUGGUUCAGAUACGUGGAUGAUACAUUGAGUAGCUGGUCUCAUGGACUAGAUAAUCUACAAAAGCUUCUAGACCACAUUAAUAGUUUGCAUCGAUCAAGUUUACUUUUGAAGUACAGAAGGAUGAUAAAACUAUACCUUUCUUAGAUGUUCUUUUCACUAUACAUGAUGAUGGGUCGCUAGGACAUAAGGUUUAUUGGAAACCAACACAUACAGACAGGUAUCUGCGUUAUAAUUCAUUUCAUCAUCCUAGUAUCAAAAACUCUGUGUGUAAGACACUCAUCAACCGAGCGAAAACAAUUUGUGAGGUAAGUAACGUUGACAAUGAAUUAGAACAUUUAAGAAAUGUUCUAAAAACGAAUGGUUACCCACGGCAUUUCAUAGAUAAUGCUAUGAAAACGCCACAAAGUAUACAGCAGAAGAUUGAGUAUCAGUCGUUUGUUUGUCUACCAUACAUUGGUCCGGCUUCACACAAAAUCGAAAGAAUUUUGAGGAAUGAAGCAGGUAUAAAGGUAUACCAUUGCAGCGAAAACAAAUUGUUUCGAGCUCUUUGCACACAUAAGGACAAUGUAAAUGAAUCUCAGAAACCUGGUGUGUACCGCAUUCCUUGUGAAUGUGGUCUGGUUUACUUUGGUGAAACUGGUCGAAAUCUCUCAGUACGUCUUAAGGAACACAAGACGAAUUGCGAGAAAGCCGAGCAAGAUAAAUCUGCUGUGGCUAAACAUACUUGGACUUACGACCAUCGUAUAAAAUGGGACGAAGCAACCAUUUUGACGAUUGAUAGUCAUAAGUUCUCUCGGAAAAUGAGAGAGUCAAUUGAAAUUGAGAAGCACAAUACUAUAGAUCAGGAGGGAAAGCCACUAGAUAGUACGUGGCGUGCUCUCUUUAAUGUGCAAAAUUAAUUUCUCUUGUCUUGGACACAGAAUAGGAAGUUAUACCAGAAGCGUAACUCGAGCAAAUAUUUGUCCGCGUUUUUACAAGCGAUUCGUCAUCAAUCACGCCAUCCUGGCUAGCACAACCGGCACUUUGUACCUACCAAAUCCUGAUAAAAACUUCCGGCUGUACUAGCCAGGAUGGCGUGGCCUGACGUGAGCGAGUUAAAAAUUUUCGUGGACGUCAAACAAUAAGGGAAACGACUAGAGUUACGCUUCUGGUAUAACUUCCUAUUCUGUGUCUUGGAUGCGCACGCGUUAAUUGGAAUCACUUCACUACAGUACGUUUGAAAUGACGUGGUUGAUGUGCCGUUUAAUUAAAUUUCAAAUGGCGCGAGCCAACAGAUCACGACACUUUUGUAUAUAAAAAGAGCGUGUGAAUUAAACAAGUCACAUAUUAUUAGCACUGAUGAAGAUCCGGGCUUACGGAUCGAAAACUUCGCAGUAAUAAAUUUACGUGGUGUUUCCACAAACAUAACCUAUUAUAUUUUAUCACCAUGCAAACAUACAAAGAACUUAUUUAUUCUUAUAGUUUAAGGUUAUUUAAGAUUGAUCCUGUCGUAAGUCUUCUACCUGCAACCAUUCGACAAUAUUUCGUUUUAGUGUUGUCUUUGCCGUUACGUUGGCUUCGUGUUACUUUUGUUUUAAAUAUCUUGAUCGCGUUAAAUUAGUUACUUUUCAGGCCAGUGACAUAGCUAAAAGACUUGACAUUAAUGUCCGUGUGAUUUUAUAGAGAUAUCUCUAGAACUGAGGAUUUUAGAAAGCAUUAUCUGUACCUUCUCAAAGUUGUAGAUAAGAUAUAUUGUUUACGUCCAACACGCAUAAGAUUGCACAACUCAAAAUGAUUCGAGCAAAACCGAUCUUUUGUUACAAGGAAGAAUGGUUAAUAGAAGUUGGUCCUUUUGAGUGACAUAAUCGUGUAUCGUCAUCGAUCCGUAUCGUUGAACAAUGAAAAAAUUUGUUGUGAAAUUGGUGAAGAUAAAAUAGCAUUUUGUGAGAAAACUUCGGGUCUACGGAGUGGGAACUUUUCGGAUUUGAACUCCGCGUGUUCGAAAGUGUUAGUUCCCGUAAAAAUAUUUCAGAUCUAAGACAUGCUUAAUGAAAGUGAACGAUAUCGGAUCACAACACACGGACUACUUGUAGUUAUGCAGCCAUAAUCGCCAGCAGUUCACCAAAAUCAAAGAUCAAAAUACGAAAAUCAAGAAUUUAGGAAAGCGUUAAGUCAUACUUUUUUCUUCGCAUUCACAGCUUCUUUUAUGUAUAAAAGUCUCGGUGGGACCUCCCACGUUUGCCUGAUCACGGUGGCUAAUCGAACCCGCGACCUUUGAGAUACUACUGGUCAGGCAAACUUUUCAGCUUGCCCGGAUGCAUACUCAUAGUAACACCACAAACAUCAUAUUCACCUGAGUGCAUAACACCAACACACACAAAAAGUAACAUACCUGUAUCUUAAAACACAUUGAUACCGAAGGAACUAAACUUAGUUCCGAAAUAUCACCAACUCGAACCGACUUGACCUCGUAGCUCAGUUGGUAGAGCAUUGGACUAGUAUCCCAAAGGUCGCGGGUUCGAUUCCCACCGUGGUCAGGCUAACUUUUCAGCUUGUCCGGUGUGGAUGCACACUCAGAAUAACACCAAAAACAUCGUACUCACCUGUGUACAUAACAGCAACACACAAAAGUAUCAAGUCAUGUUUUGCUGCAUUUGCAUAAAUUACUGAGUCACGCCAUGGAUCUGAAAAAUACUGGAUAGGAAACUGAUGAUCACGUAUACAGUACAGUAUGCGUGAUAUUUUCAGCGCGCUGAUUGCGUCUCAACAUUGUUAAAAAUUAUGACAUCACUAAUGAUAAUAUCUUGAUGAGAACAUUCGCAUUCUUCAACAAUUUAAAAGAAGUGAAUGAUAUUUGGUGAAAAAUCAGAUAUACAUCAAACUCUUUCACACUCAUUUAUAAUUUCUUGAGUUUCACAAGAUUUUUAAAAUAGCGUCCAACCCGCCCCAACCCUAAAAUAGAGUACACAGCAGGCUGGACAUUCUUGUUUAUUCUUGUUUAAAGGGACAUUUGGUUUCCUUUGGUUUUUUGCUUGGAUGUAUUUCGCUCAUGAUACGCCAAGAGAACAUCCGACAAUAUCGAAGGAAGAACUUGAGUAUAUAGAAACAACUGUUGGUGAAGAACAAGACCAUUUAACGCCGAAAGGGCAGGUAUGUACAGGAUCAGAAAUCUGUGGAGGACUAAUUGUGUUUGUUGCACAAGGAUGUGCCCCCUUGUUGGCUUUGGUCAACAACAAGGAUAGCAGCGUACAGCCAUGAAAGCGCGCCCAGUAGUUUCUUGGUUACAAUUUACAGAUACUUGUGUGUUACUCUGAGUGUAUAUCCACACCGGGCAGGCUUGAAAAAUAUGCCUGGCCACGGCGGUAUUCGAACCUACGAAUUCGAACCUACGAUUCGAACCUACGAAGUAACAUUCACACAAACAUCUUAUUCACCUGAGUACAUUACACCAACACAGCAGAUUUCAAUUUACAGAUACGUUGAAUAAAUAUACUUUAGUAAAAAAUUAAAUCUAAUAUAUAUCCCUGAUUCUCUUGUUACUGUGAUUGUGCGAAUUGAGAAAAGGAACAUUUUUUUCACAUUUAAAUAUUUGAUUGCUGUCCUAAUUUUUGUUUUCAUUGUCAAAUACUUAACAUGUUAGACAUUUGCAGCAGAAUUAACAAACUUCGAAUACCUCAAAAAUCUAGAAGUAAGUAAAUCAAUUUUUUUGUGCCCCGCCCUUGCAGCUAGUGCAGAGUUCGGUUCAAAUUAAAUCAGCCAGUUUUGACGCCAGAAUAUAUACCACAUGCAUGCAGUGAAUAUAUAUAACAACACAUCUUAAUGAACAUUGUCUAUCUAAUGUAAAAACAAAAUAAUGAAAAACAACCGUCGGUCAAUGACAGCCAAUGAGAUUGUGUAUUCGUCAUUUGAAAAUCCUGCGUACAGCGGGUUCCACGCAUCCAGCAUAAUGCCAUCAAAACAUUGAACAAUUGCGGAAAACGUUUCGUUUUUUUUUCGUUUUAGGUAUUCAUUCCUCAGCAAAAAUAUUGCAAGAAUGUAGUAAACUAUCGUAGAUUCAAGUUUUGUUAAAAUAUUCUCAGUGUUUUUCGAUAUUUUUAAGAUAUAGCGCGAUGUUUAGUUUGAUUUAAUUGCGAACAUUAGGAAUAACUAUUUAACAAUUAGACAACGAGGCCGAGUUGUCUAUGAGCGAAUAGUCAACGAGGCGAAGCCGAGUUGACUAUUUGCUCAUAGACAACGAGGCCGAGUUGUCUAAUUGUUUUAGUAUAAACUUUAACAUUAAUUUACAACUAGGCUGCAAACACAAUACAAAAAUACACAAAAAAACAUUAUAAAACCAUUAAAGGUAAACAAAUAUUUUAGUUUUUGUUCGCGUAAAAUGUUUUACAAAAUUCAGUUUUAAAUUUAAAAUUUCAUUGAGUGUAUGUUAUUUUGUCUAUUUUCUUACCCUUAAAAAUUGCCAUUCCAUAUUUUUGUUGCUUUUUCCGGGAUUUUUUAGUACAGAAUUGUUCAACAAGUCGUCCAAAAAAUCAUCAGACACUUCGGCAAAAGUGCAAAACGCGAAUUUUCCGCCAUUUUGAAUUUUCUAUUAGUAGGCUAUCACUAAUAGCCUACUAGUAGCGUAGCCAAUCAGAAGGCACGAAAUGUGAUAGCCUACUAGUAGGUGUAUACUAAAACUUAUUAGUAUGCACUGAGUGACGUCGCCCGUUGCAUGCAACCAGAACUGCAGAAAUGCAUUGUUUCCUAAACAUUUUCGCCAUAUCAAACAGUUUUAUUAAAAGUUGAAUUUUUUUGUCAAAUAGGUAGGCACCUAUUGAGCUGCCUAUGGAAAAGAUGAAGGAUCGACUUCACCAUAGCUGUACAGCUAAACCACUUGGUAUAAGCAAAGUUAUUUAAUAAGUUCAUUUGCUGUGUUUUUCAGGGUUACAAAACGCCUUGGAAAUCGAUUAUGACAUCUGUCCCAGUUUGGGCAAUCAUAGUUUCACAUUUUGCUAACAACUGGUUUUUCUAUACGCUUCUUACGAACAUGCCAACAUACUUUAAAGACAUUCUUGGCGUCAACAUACGUGAGGUAAUCUACCGUUUUAUAUUAUUUUUUUUUUGAAUGACUUAUUGAUUUGGUUUACCAUGCACAAUACAAAUAAGUAACAGUUGAUCACAUUUCCUUCUGUAAUAUAUAUCUAUAAUAUUUUAAGCGUCGUGUAUCCUUUGGAUCCUCCAGACAAGUGAUGUUACCUCAUGUUAUAUUCUAUUAAAUACAAAUGUUACAAAGAAAGCAUCACGUGACGUAUUUGAAAUAAAUAAAUUAUUGAGAUUAUAUGUGCACAGUGAGAAAAGAGAAACAAAUUUUAACAUAUUCUGAAAUCUAAAUACAGAUGAAGAGUUACGUAUAUUGGGAUUCAACGUAUUAAAGAAUUUAGCACCCUGUCUUUAAUAGGUCUCCUCUUGAUCCCAUAUCCCCUCUGCGUACGUACACUACGAAACCCAGCGACAUUUCCACCACGUUGCUGCCUCAAGAAAUGGUCUUUCAAUAGUUUUGCGUCUGGUACAAGAAUACCUCUUGUUGAUGUUGAUGUUGAUGUUGCAUGAAUACCUCUUGGCAUGUUGAUGUGUUCAGUUCAACUUCACACAGUCAACUGAUAAAAUAUCACUUUGUUCUCUUAUUUUAUGGUUUAAGGUCUUUAAUUCGUUCUUACAUCUAUAAUUUCAUCUCGGCGACAAUGUGGACAGCUGGUGAUUACAUGCCUAAAAUCUCCUUUGGAGACUCGAAAAUCACAGAUCAUACAGUGACACCUUCUACAAUUUGGACAAAAAUCUGUCCAUGCACACACAAGACAUGUACUCAAAUGGGGGAUGUAGGCCUAUAUAUCUUUGUUACAACUGUUACAAGUUGUGUCAGUAUCAUCAUCCUCAGAUUAUAUUCUGACGCGACCACUUGUGGGCUAACACAGUGAGGACGCGUCCAUUUACGAUUAGACUUUUAUCAAUUUCCAAUUCUUGUAAAAAUAUGCUCAAUCCAGUCGGUUCGGGAACAUCUGGAUGAUAAGGCGUCACACAUUAUUUCAGAAGGUCUACAAUGUCACUUCCUCGUAUACUAGAAAGUACAUCCAUGCAGAAACCCCUCGCCUUGCUGACAAAACCAUUGUAUUUUCCGAACAUGAAGUAUUUAAAGUAGGUGACCCACGCCCGCGAUCAUUGAUGAACUUUCGACUUCGCUAAUGCUUUCGUUUCCCCGGGUGUAGAUAGCCGGGCGGAAUUAGUACCCUCGCUCCGGGCUUACGCGCGGAACUGCGCUCCGCACCGUUGGCUCGUGGAUUAUGUUCUCUGUAAGCGAUUUGUCCUUUUCUAUUCCAAGUCAAGAUGUUCUUCGGGUUCGUGUUUAUCAUCAACGAAAAUGCUGCGCUCAGUUUAAUGACUGUUUCGCCCAAGCAUGCCCAAGUACGUCUCGAGUUACGUCAUGCACAUAAUUAUGUGACGUCAUUCAUACAUAAUAAGCCCUCCACUACCCCUCCACCGCCCCGCAGUGCCUCUGCUCCGCCCUGCUGUGCAUUUGCGCUUCCCCCCCCCCCCAAAAAAAAAAACAGGUCCGAACGGUACCUAUAUUACUACUAACUUCACUUUAAAGCCGGUUUUCCACGAGCGAAAUUUGUCGCGCGAAUCUUUUGUCUUAUAAGCUCUCGGCUGGAACUGAUUAGAUUUUUAAUAAAUUCUUUUAAAUUUUAGCAAUAAAAAUUCGCGUCGUACGAAGAAAUUCGCUAGUGGAAAACGGGCUUAGGUAAUGAUUUGUCGUAUGAGAUGUCAUUUCAAAUCCUACACAAUUCGGACUGGACUAGAUUUCAAUUUCUCGCAUUUUGAUCGGACUUGAUCAAAUUGCUCGUACUUGAAAUCUACGGCAGUCCUCAUAUUUGGAUUUGAAAUGCUACAUAAUACAUCAAUAUAAUACGUCAAAUAAUAAAAUAUUAUUAGAGUAUUUACAUAUCCAGUAUAUAUGAGAGAAAAGUAAAAGAAAUUAAUUAUAUAAAUAAUUAUGUUUUUCAGAACGGCCUUAUUUCUGCCAUUCCGUUUAUCUGUAACUUUAUAUCUAUUGUUGUGGUUGGAAAUAUCGCGGAUUAUGUUCGCCGUAAAAGACUGUGUUCAACCGAAAUGGUUAGAAAAAUUGCAAACACAACAGGUAUGAAAAUGAUUAUUUAAAACUUUAUUUAAUGACGCUAGCCCCAUCAUCAAAAGCUAGUUUCAAUAGGGAGGCGUCUGGACUACAUACAUAAAUAAAUCAUUGACAAUUAUACAAAACACAUAACUACAAUAACAAAUAAGUAAUUAUUACUUCUUGUGAUGUCGUAAGAAAGGAAAUAACUGUAUAGAAUAGCUGAUUGUGCUUGUGCAAAAUUGCUUGUAUAAUUUUCGGGAGUAAAGUUUCAUGUUGUCUGCUUUGUUUGGCGACACCAUUUGCCUGAAAAAUCGGAAAAUUAUUAUAAUUAUUAUUAUUAUUAUUAAUGGUUUAUUAUAAAAUCGUCGCGCUCGAUGAAAGCGAAUUGCGAAAUUAUUUACAAACUUUAGUUAAAAAUAUUAAAAAGUACCUUGUGUUACUGGCAUUAUAUUACAACAAUAGUUUACUGAUCUAUGAAUUAAUAUCGAAAGAACUUUUAAAUUUACUAAAUUUACAAAAUUUAUAAAUUAUGUGAUUAAAUACACAUAGUAGGAAAAAAGCUUUUCUUUGCUUAUCACCAUAGUGACUCAGAUUGAUUUACAUAUUGUGUUGACAUACGUCAUACGAAUGUUGAGAUUGCGUUUUAAUCUUCAAUAUUUUAGUGAGUUAUGCUUUGGAGAUGACAAUAAAAUUUUAUUACCCGAAUCUUGAGUUGGUUUGCUUUUCAUUUAGCUAACCUUUUACUCACUCAAAAUUUUGUUUGCCCUACUCUUUCCUCUUACGAGCCACGCCCCGCCAUAAAUAAUGCCCAGCCUUUAGCAUGGUAUCUAAGCUAUCUUUAAUUUCACUUGCACAACGUAAUUCGAAAUUUGAAAUUCUUUUCCAUGCAAUUUCGUUUUGAAUUCUUUUUCUUGAGAAUAUUCGUGUAGACCUCGUAUGUAUAUAUAGUCUACAUAGUUCAACCAUCGUUCGAAGUGUUUUUGAAUCGCCAAAUAGCGUUAAAAUGUUGUAUAAAAUAGUACGUUCAUUAAUUAAAUCUCGAACAGUCGGUGUGAAUGCAGGGAGAUACGAUACCAGACAGUGGCGGUCUGAGAAUAUACAACAACCUGAAAAAUAUAAGCAGAACUUCGGCGUUUCGAGCGAAGACCCUUGUCGUGGCUGAUGAAGGGCUUUCGCUCGAAACGCUGAAGUUGUUUUUUUUUUAUUUUAGUUUUUCAAUAGUAGUAUGUCCCCAAUCCCAACUGCAGCUUUACGUUCAUUAGUAUCCUUUAUAUCAAACAUUAGUUAAUGAACAUUUUAAUUGUUAAUGAAUAGACCCAAUCCCUUUGCAGGGUUUUUUCCGAGCUUUCUUAGGGGCGUUAAAUGCCCCUCCCCCAGAAAGGGUUGAGUUUUGAAAAUCAAUCAUCUCAUCAAACGUUUUAUCGCAGUAAAAAUGAAGUUGUUUGAGUUAAUUGCACCACAGACUAAAUCCAUAGUAUAUCCAUAGUAUUUCGAUACUAUAUCCAUAGUAUGGAAAUAUGCAAUUAUUAUGGAUAAUCAAAAAUCCAUUCUAUUUCAAUUAAAAUUCCAUUCUAUGGAUUUUUAAUUUUUUUCCAGUGGGAUAGGCUAGCACGUUGUCAAAUAGGCACAUGUAGCCUAUUAUUGGACUUGGCUAUAAUGAAUACCUAUGAUAGGUGAAAAAAUAGAGGAUGCGCAGCCAGAUUGAAUCUUUAUUUAUUGAACGUUGUCUGACUUAAGCUUAAUAAUUAUUUAUUUAUUCGAGCUUUUGGGCCGAGUUUCGGCUAUCAGUCUAUAGCCUUCGACGGGUAUAUACAAAUGAUUCUAAAGGACGCUAAACUUAAGUAGGUGGUAUGAAAUCUGAGACUAUCUAUAUGCUAUGUUACAAAUGAAUAUUUAAUUAAUGUUUCUUGAGUUCCUUUCGUAAUUUAAAAGUAUUGUGCUGGAAGCGUAGUAGAGUUAUUAUCAGCUUCGUCUGUUAGUGCAGUGUGCCAGGACUCUAUAUAAGGUUCCUAUGGUUCCUAUGUGUAUACGCUUCCAGCACUAUACACAAAACUUUUAAGAAAGGAACUCAAGAAACAUAAAUUAAAUAUUCAUAUUCUCCAUUAGUAACAUAGCAUAUACUAGAUAGUCUCAGAUUUCAUACCACCUAAGUUUCAAGUUUCAACCUAGAAUCAUUUGUAUACACCCGUCGAAGGCUAUAUUACUUAGAAUGAUAGCCGAAAGCUCGUAGAAGUGAAUAUUAAGUCAGAAAACUUUCAAUAAAUAAUACCUAUAAUAGUGUUUGAUUUUAUAACUAAAAUCAAACACUAGAACAUUUUUACCACAGUGUUUCGAAAGUGAUGUUUUUACUUUAUUGUAUUUUCAGGAUUCACUAUAGCUGCAAGCUCACUGAUUGGUGCUAGUUUCGUUGGAUGUCAUCAGACAGCGUUAGCUGUGUUUUUCUUAUCGUUUGCAUUAAUUGGCAAUGGAUGUCUUCAAUCAGGUUACGCCAUCAACCACUUGGAUAUCGGUACCAGAUAUGCCGGUGUGUUAAUGGCAAUCACAAACACUAUGGGAACUAUGUCAGGAAUUUUAUCACCAUACAUCGUUGGAUUACUCACUAAUAAAAAGGUAAAAUCAAAUCAUGAACGUAAAGUCGUUGUUAACCCGUCGCAUGGAUUCUGUCAGUAACAUUUUGUGCUGCUAGUGUUCGUGCAGCCUAGUGAUGUUAUGCGUUGAUAUUUUUGUGGAUGUUAUGUAGUUUAUCUUUUUUUUGUAAUAUUUUUGUAUUUGUAUCUAUAUUCUUUUGGAACCGUUACUGCAUGGAGCUUCUCUGUGAGAACGGUUGAGGGGUUUUUGUACAUGGAAAUAUACAAGCGGUUGAUUAUCAAUACAACUUUCAGACCUAACGAGGACAGCUGCAAAAAAUGCAACUAUAGGCUUUCUGGCAGGAAUCGAACUCCUGCGAUUCAGGUGCACCGCUCUAACCAACUGAGCGACAGAGUCAAGUUACGAGCAUUAACCAGAAUGCUCCUGGUUAGGUCUGAAAAUUGUAUAUAAUCUUCCGCUCGAAAUUUCUGUCUACAAAAACCUUCAACUGUUAGCUCAAUCGAGAGAGAGGCUCAAAAUCUUGAUAUCUGUAGGUACGCCCGACCCUAUUGGUAAGUAAUUUCUUUUGUAGAUUUUGUUUCCAUGCGUCCUUUUUGACAAAGUUUAACCUGUGUACAUGUAAAUGAGAUAAUAACUUGAAUAAUUUUGAAAUUAAUUCGCGUGUUUUAAAUUACUUAAAACCAACCCAUCAUAUGAGUUCGUUGACGAAGUAAUUUUUAAACCAACACUGUCGAGAAAAUCAAAGCUGAAGUUUUUGUAAAUUAACAUGAUUUUUAUCAUAUAUAAAACCACCAACACGGUAGUGAUUUCCUUUGUCUUUCCUCGUCAAUUGUUAAGGAGUUUGUUAAAACAUAGCCAAUCGAAGGGCAGUUGGUUGUGAAACUCGUUAGAAUAACAAUAUAACUCAUUAUCUAUGUUAGUCAACUUUUAUUCAUAAAUCUGGUCCUUUACCGUCACGUGUGUAUUGUAUUUUUGCCCAACCAACCAAUAGCAAUGUUUUAGGAAAGGUAUCCGUGACGCGAAAAAUAGGGGAAUUGGAAAUUGCUAUUGGUGGAUUUAACAAAAAUACAAUACACACGUGACGGUGAAGGACUAGAUUUAUGAAUAAACGUUGACCAACCUAGAUAAUGUAUUGAGUUAUAUUGUUAUUCUAAUUAAUGAGUUUCAUAUUCAUCUUCCCUUCGAUAGGCUUCCCUUCGAUAGGUUCGUUUCUCGCCACAGAACCACAAAAAAAAUUAUUAAUUUAAUUUAUAUAUUGUUUGGUAUAAAAAGUGUAUAUACAGUACGUAUAUCGUCACUUGGAUUAUCCGCCUACUCCAAUAUUCAGUUUCAAUCAAGUGAAGUGCAGAAAAAGGUUUUUUAAACCUACAUAUGAUUUAAUUUUGUGAAAACAUCACGUGUGUUUGUUUACCAUUGUCAGGACCUAAGCGACUGUACUAUGGACAAUUUUUAACCUCUUAUAUUUCUUACAGCCAACUCGUCAUCAAUGGCAGAUCGUGUUCUAUAUUGCCGCUUUCAUUAACGUUUUUGGAAUGAUAUUCUUUCUUGUUUUUGCAAGUGGGACAGAACAAAAAUGGAACAGACCGGAGCAUGGCCGUCAGGUUUUAAAUAUUAACGAAGAUGGAGCUUAUGAUAAUCCUAGUUCUUCAUUAUUGGUAAAUGGAUCAGAAAGUAAUCACAUAUCAAAUGGGGUGGUUAAAUCAUGA